UAUUUUAUCACUAAAUUUUUAUUUUUAGUCGGUUCAUGAAGGUCGCAUUUAAUAUCACGAUUAAAUCCUUUCCCAUUUACAAUCCAUUUCAAUAAAAGUACCUCUUUAUAAAGACUCCCCAUUAAAAUAUUCAUAUUUAAAGUCACGUACAACUUCCUUUCAAAGAAAGACAACUUUUAACCUCUCUAUUACACCAAAAAAUGAGUGCUGGUCAGGUAAUUAAAUGUAAAGCUGCUGUUGCUUGGGCAGCUAAAGAGCCGUUAUCACUGGAAGAAAUAGAAGUAGCCCCCCCAAAAGCGAAUGAAGUUAGGAUAAAAAUCCUUUAUACGGCUUUAUGCCAUACUGAUGCUUACACUUGGGGCGGGUUAGAUCCUGAAGGUAUAUUCCCGGUGGUUUUGGGUCAUGAGGGCUCUGGAAUUGUUGAAAGUAUUGGUGAAAAUGUAACAAACGUAAAACCAGGAGACCACGUAAUCCCAUUGUAUAUCCCACAAUGCGGUGAUUGUAAAUUUUGUAAAUCACCAAAAACCAAUUUGUGUCAAAAAAUCCGAAUUCCUCAAGGAAAAGGGGUGAUGCCGGAUGGCACAUCAAGAUUUACAUGUAAAGGAAAAUCUUUGGCCCAUUUUAUGGGGUGCUCCACAUUUAGCGAAUACACGGUUGUUUGUGAUAUUUCCGUAACAAAAGUAAGCGAAGCAGCUCCUUUAGAUAAAGUCUGUUUAUUAGGAUGUGGAAUUCCAACUGGAUAUGGGGCCGCUUUGAAUACUGCUAAAGUAGAAAAUGGGAGCUCUUGCGCCGUUUUUGGAUUAGGAGCGGUUGGAUUAGCAGUUAUUAUGGGUUGCAAGGCAGCCGGCGCAUCAAGAAUUAUUGCGGUUGAUUUAAAUCCAUCUAAAUUUGAACUUGCUAAACAAUUUGGAGCAACUGAAUGUGUUAAUCCAAAAGAUUACGAAAAACCAAUUCAAGAAGUUUUGAUUGAAAUGACCGAUGGUGGUUUAGAUUAUACAUUUGAAUGUGUUGGAAAUGUAAAUAUAAUGAGAGCAGCUCUUGAGGCUUGUCAUAAAGGUUGGGGGGUUUCUACGAUUGUUGGUGUAGCAGCUUCCGGGCAAGAAAUAAGUACUCGUCCGUUUCAGUUGGUCACAGGAAGAGUUUGGAAAGGAACUGCUUUUGGAGGUUGGAAAAGUAGGGAGAGUGUUCCAAUGUUAGUUGAGAAAUAUUUGGAUAAGAAGUUAAUGUUGGAUGAGUUUAUUUCUCAUAAUAUGGAUUUCUCCGAGAUUAAUGAAGCUUUCCAUUUAUUGCACGAAGGAAAAUGCAUUCGAGUUGUUUUGAAAGUUGGUUCUGCUUAAAAAUAAUAAAUUUUAUUAUAA